AUGGCCGAUCCCAACGGUGGCGACGACUAUCUGUCAGACCCGAUGGCCAGCAUGCUUUAUGUACUCGGAGGCAGUACCACCGGGUUCCAGCCGCUCCCAAUAUCUGACUCGAGAUCAACUGUCAAUCCAGCUCGCGAAGAUAUCCUCAAGCUGUCGGCCGAUGAUAUCAGAUCUGCAAUCUCAUACGUUAUUCCCCAAGGAGAUUCGGCGCAAGGUGUGGAGACUCAGCUUGCCAGGACCCCGAAUGGUGGAGCUGAACUACAACCCCAGCUUCCACGUCGUCUCGCCUACCAGAAACCCGAUCCAGCUCCAGAUCUGCCACGAAUCGCGCGAGGAGGCCCUGAUGAAGCUCGACCUGGUCUUCCAUCCCGGAGCUCCCAAUCCACCGAUCUACGUCCACGCCAGCACGGACACGUUGUACUUCUCCGACCAGUACACCAACCAGUACCCCGGCGCCGUCAACAGAGGAACCCUGUGGGCACACUACCCGCACUACCUCUUCUGCAUGACACUGAACAUGCAACCCACCGUCACCCAGACCAUCAAGCACCUGGCCAUCAACCUCGAGCAGGAAAAGUGGGGUCCCGUCCGCUGCACCGACACGCCCUCUCGCACCUUGGUCCUCGCCCGCUUCCCCAACCUCGCCUCCGUCUCCGCCAUCGUCGAGAGCAAGACCCGCAACCGGAGCAACGGCAGCUACCUGCUCGUGCACCCCGGCGCGGCCGGCAUCCACCUCAGGCGCGACGACGUCUCGGGCCCGCGCAUCUGCAUCCACGACCACCCGGCCGACGCGGUGCCGACGGCGCUCUGCCUGCGGUGCCUCUCCGUCGGCGUGAUCAUGAGCGCGCGGAGUGCUCCGCUGGGGGACUUCGGUCUCGUCGCUCCGGCCAUGGAGAUGGAGAUGGCGAUCCUGGCGCUCCUGAGGAACGAGCCGGGGACGGGAGGGCCGAGGGCGGAGCUCAAGUUUGUAUUCGAGGAGGGACAGGGACCGCUGCGUUGAGGGGCGUGCCGUUGCGCGUGUGUGUGUGGUGCUCUGCUGACUGGAGCGGUCGCUGGGCAUAUCGCGAGGAGAUUCUUGGGCGGGGGAUGAUGCUACUACUACUAGUAGGUGUGGCUUCGUCGGGCAUCGGCUCACUGGCUCUCUUAUGGUAUGGAACUGCGUGA